AUGCCGCCGCCCACUUCAAGCGCGAUGACGGACGUGCCUGUCGGUCGAUGCGCGGAAUGCCACGACGACGCCUUGUACCUGGACCGCGUCUUGCUCGAGCACUUCUCACUGCGCGUCUGUAUAACGUGCAAACAGCUCCAGACGCUUCGUGACGGCGCGUUCGAGUUGCUCUCCAAGUCGCGCGCCCAGGCGGAAUACGCGCUGCCCGCCUCGUCGUUUAGGGGGCUGCCGUAUUUGCGUAAACCUAACCCGCGACAUGAAGCGUUUGCUCCCUUACAGCUGUUUCUCCGGCGAACAUUAGUCCAAGAAGCUUACCGCGUGUAUGGGGACAAAGACGGGCUGGAACGAGAGAAGCACAAGCGGAAAAAGCGAGCGUUUCAGUCGGCGGCCAGUCGGACGCGACAUCUGUUGAAGCGGCAGCACUUGGUUGCCAGUGAUCGUGGCAGUAACAAUGAGGGAAAUAGCGACACGAAGAAAAACGAGGUCGCGCUCGUAGGUGACAGCGACCAUCGUCAUGAGUUUGGGCUGGAAACGUUUGACGACGACACCAAGAGCUGGACGAAACGUUGUGCGUGUGGCAUGCACGUGCAAUUCGAAAAGUGGUGA